AGAAGAAGAAGUUGAGCCAAGAGACUCUAAAAACACCAUAGAGUAUAGCGCGAGCGAUUAAAACAUGACUUCGAUAAUUAAAUUGCUAGCGAUAUCUGGAUCAAGCGAUGAAUCGCCACCGUGUUAUCUGUUGCAAGUGGACGAAGUAAGAAUUUUGUUGGACUGCGGUUGGGAUGAGAAAUUCGAUCCAAAUUUUAUCAAAGAAAUAAAAAGGCAUGUCCACACCAUCGAUGCAGUGUUACUCUCAUAUCCGGAUCCAUUCCAUUUGGGAGCACUUCCCUACCUAGUCGGUAAAUUAGGUUUGAAUUGUCCGAUUUAUGCGACCAUUCCGGUGUACAAAAUGGGUCAGAUGUUUAUGUACGACCUGUACAUGUCGCAUUACAACAUGUACGACUUUGAGCUGUUUUCAUUAGACGACAUCGACACGGCGUUCGAGCGGAUAAUUCAAUUGAAAUACAACCAGAGCGUUGCGUUAAAGGGCAAGGGAUACGGAACGAUAACGAUAACACCGUUGCCGGCCGGUCAUAUGAUUGGUGGUACGAUUUGGAAAAUCAUUAAAGUCGGCGAAGAGGACAUAGUCUACGCAGCCGAUUUCAAUCACAAGAAGGAGAGGCAUUUGAACGGUUGUGAAUUGGAGAAACUGCAACGUCCAUCACUGCUGAUCACCGAUGCCUACAAUGCCAAAUAUCAACAAGCCAGACGCAGAGCAAGGGAUGAGAAACUGAUGACGAAUAUACUGCAAACGUUGCGGAACAAUGGGAAUGUUUUAGUGUGUGUGGACACUGCUGGUCGUGUUUUGGAACUAGCUCAUAUGUUGGACCAAUUCUGGCGUAACAAAGACUCCGGCCUCUUGGCCUACUCGUUGGCCAUACUGAAUCAUUUCAGCUACAAUGUCAUCGAGUUCGCCAAAUCGCAGAUCGAAUGGAUGAGCGACAAAUUGAUGAAAAGUUUCGAGGGCGCACGGAACAAUCCGUUCCAAUUCAAACACUUGCAGUUGUGUCACAGCUUGAACGAUCUGAAUAAAAUAUCCAGUCCGAAAGUGGUACUGGCCUCGACGCCGGAUAUGGAAAGUGGAUUCACACGAGAAUUGUUUGUGCAGUGGGCGGCGAAUCCGAACAACAGCAUCAUUAUCACAUCACGAUCGUCUCAAGGGACUCUGGCUCGCGAUUUACUAGAAAAUGGUGGAAAUGGACGGAAAAUCGAACUGGAUGUGAGGCGACGCGUCGAACUCGAAGGUGCUGAAUUGGAAGACUAUAUGAGAACGGAGGGCGAACGACACAAACUGUCGAAACUGAUCAAACAGGAUAUUGAUGACAGUAGCUCGGACUCUGACGACGAUUUGGAAAUGAAUAUCAUUACCGGCAAGCAUGACAUUGUCGUGCGGAACGAGAGUAUGGCACAUUCGGGCUUCUUUAAAACCAGUCGCAAGCAGCAUGUCAUGUUUCCAUUUUACGAGGAGAAGAUCAAAAGUGACGAGUACGGCGAGAUCAUUCAGCUGGAGGAUUACAAAAUGCUCGACGUUGGUUUUGAUGUAGUCAUGGACGAUAACAAAGAGAACACGCAACAAGUGAAAAUUGAGGAUAUCAAGAAGGAAUCGGAUAAGAACAAAAAUGACUGCGUCUUGGUUGAAAAGCCAACGAAAUGCAUCAGUAGCCGGAAGCUGAUCGAAGUAAACGCCCAAGUUCAAUUCAUCGACUUCGAGGGUCGAUCAGAUGGUGGAUCUCUACUACAAAUUCUGUCACAACUACGCCCGCGUCGAAUUGUGGUGGUUCGUGGUUCACCAGAAAACAUAGACAUAGUGUCAAAGCAUUGCGUCCAGAGCAUUGGUGCCCGUGUCUUCACGCCGAAAAAGGGCGACAUUGUGGACGCAACAACCGAAACACACAUCUACCAGGUCCGAUUGACUGAGGCAUUGGUGUCGCAAUUGUUCUUCCAAAGGGGUAAAGAUGCCGAAAUUGCAUGGAUGGACUCGGCGGUGGUGGUGCGCAAAAAGCAAAUAGCUGCGGUUGGAGCGACUCUCGAUAUGGAAGUUGAUCAAGAGGAGCCAACGGAAGUGAUCGACGACGAAGACCAAAAGCUACUCACAUUGGCACCGCUGGAGGAGGAGGACAUUCCGCCACACAAUUCAGUUUUUGUCAACGAAUUGAAACUGUCGGAUUUCAAGCAAAUUUUGCAGAAGCACAACAUCAAUUCGGAAUUUUCGGGUGGUGUGCUGUGGUGUUCGAAUGGAACGUUGGCUUUGAAGCGGGUUGACACUGGCAAAGUAACGAUGGAAGGAUGUCUGUCGGAAGAUUACUACAAAAUCCGGGAGCUGCUGUAUGAACAAUAUGCGAUCAUAUAAUUGUCAAAUAGAGUGGGCCCUGGCCGAACGAUGUGAAA